UCGUACACGCUCCCGCAGAUCCGCGCGAUCCACGGGGCGCUGCACGCGCGCGUGGCCGACCUGUCGGCGGCGCUGCGCACGCGCGUCGGCGCGUCCUACCGCGAGCUGCUCGGCACGGCCGACACCAUCGUCGCCAUGCGCCGCGACAUGGACGACCGCGUGCUGGCCACGCUCGGCGGCAUGGGCGGGCGCUGCGGCGGCGGCGUGGUCGGUGCCAAGGUGCAGGGGUUGAGGGCGUUCGCGGCUGGGGAUCAGUAUCAUGGAGUGCGGAUGGGGGAUGUAGCGAGGGGGAGGUUGUUGGAGGCGGUAUUGCUUUGCUUGGGCGGCGUGUUGAGAUCGAGGAGGGAGGAGGGGAGGGGCAGAGGGGAGGGGCUGAUGGUGGCUGCGCGGUUGUAUGUGCUGGGCCGGUUGCUGGUGCAGAGUUUUGGCGAGGGAGCAGGCGGUGCUGGAGGGAUGGAGAAAAAGGUGGCGGCGGCACGGAAGAGCCUCGAGACGGUGCAUCAGGCACGGCUGGCGAGGAGCAUCGACGCCGUGCUACGCAGCGGGAGCCACAAGGCCAUGCGGCAGGGCGAUGUGCUGCGGGCGCUGGGCGCGUACAGCCUCGCCACGAGCUCGGGCGCCCGCGACGUGCUGGCGCACUUUUUGCGCGUGCGGGCCAAGGCGAUCGCCAUGGCGCUGCAUGUGGAUGAGGAGGACGAGGAGGACCGAGUCGUGAGAAACCCCCAGGAUGUGCUGAGGGCGCUGGGCCUGUACACCAAGACGCUGCAGGACGUGCAGGCGCUGGUCCCGCACGAGCUGACCGAGGCGCUCGUCGCGCUCAAGGAGGAGCGGCUGCUGGAGAACGCGUCGCUGAAGGAGAUGGAGGGCCUGCGGCUGGAUAUCUACCGGAGGUGGUGCGGCGACGAAAUCCAGUUCUACACGCCCUUUAUCCGGCACGACGACCUGGAUGGCAAGCAGGCGAGGGAGAUGCUCGCCAGCUGGGCCGAGAAGGGCAGCGAGGUGCUGCUCCAGGGGCUCGAGAAGACGCUGGAGGGCAUGGCCGAGUUCAAGGCCGUCGUCGAUCUUCGCACCAGCGUGCUGAAGCUGUGGAUUGCCGAAGGCGGCAAGGCGCGCGGCUUCGACCCGUCCAUCAUGCUCAAUCAGCUCCGAGACGUGAUCAACAAGCAUAUGCUGCGGGUUCUCGAAGCCAAGGUGGCCAAGCUGCGCCUCGUGGGUUCCGAGGUCUCGGCCACCCUCGACGCCUGGCGCGAGGGCGUCACCGAUCGGCACCCGAGCCUCUGGGAUGUCGCCUCGUUUGACACGGAUCUCUCCAACGGGUCAACCCUGUUCACGCAGGAUGUCGUCGCCAGGCUGCACGGCAGGAACGAUGCCGUGUCCAGGGCUGUGACGAGCUUCAAGAGCUGGUUCCACGUCAUCGACGACGUAGGUCAGGUGGUGGACCAGCUGAGGCGGCAGAGGUGGGACAACGACGUCGACGAGAUCGAGGACGAGGAGACUAUCGAGGAACGCCAGAAGCUUCUCUCGAAGGACGAUCCGCGAGCACUGAGCGAACAUCUGAACCGCCUGCUGGUGGAGGCCUUCAGGCGGCUGGACGACCAACUCACGACCCUGUGGAAGGUACAGCAGGGCGGUCCGAACAACGGUGUCGUUGCCAUGUAUUUCCUGCGGCUGCUCCGUGACAUGCGGGCCAGGUUGCCGGAGCUCGAGGCAGUCAAGGGUUUCGGCUUGAGCGCGGUGCCGUCGCUCCAUGAGGCGGUGGCGGCUGUGGUGGUCUUGCAGCCACUUGACGAGCUCGCUAGUGUGGCGCUGGCGCGGAAGACCGUCGUGGGAAGGAGCCUAUGGGAGGGCGACCCGGAAUUGCCGUCGUCGCCGUCUCCUGGAGCGUUCAAGUUCCUGAGGAAUCUAACGGUCGCCAUGGGCGAUGCGGGCGGGGACCUGUGGAGCCCUGCGGCUGUCGCCGUGCUGAAGCGGCAUCUGACCAAGCAAAUCUCUGCGGCCUGGUUGGAGGCACUUGGUGCGCUGGGUGGCCCUCAAGACGGCGAGAAUAAAAACGCCGAAGGUGCUCAAACCGAGGAAGAGGGCUCGAAAGAGGAGGGCACGAGUGUUAACGCCACCGCAAGCACCGGGCAUCAAGACCUGCUCAUUCAGUGGCUGCUUGACAUCUACUACCUCGGGCUGUUCCUCGGGUCAGACGAGGACAGCUUCAAGGAACUGGAGGAGGCGGUGUAUCCGCGGUCGGGCCUGGAGCCGUCCGCCAAGGAGAGACUAAACAAGGCGGCGAGAGACUACUUCAAGAGGACGAGACUAUUGUUCGGUCUGUUG